AUGAAAAUAAUCUUUUUCAACAGGCCUGUUUUUCUGGCACUGAAAACUGAUUUUUUUAUGUAUGUUUGUUAUAACAACCAAAGAGUUUUUUGUUUCUCGAAGACCAUGCUCUUCGCUACUCGUCCCAUCAUAGAAACUUGGGAGCAUGUCUCGUCAGGAGGUGAGUCAUCUGAGGCGUCUUCGCGUUGUAUUAUAUUUAGUUUUCAAUUGGAGAUAGUCAUUUGGAUAAUGUGGAAAGGUGGCGAGGACUUGUUGCGAUUGAUUGGGCUCUUACCACGAUUUUGGUGUGCUCGAUGGUGGAACGCGCAGUUUUCGAGACCUUUCUGAUUCUGAUUCUGAUGCUGUUAGUUGUAGCUCCUGUUGACUCUCCACAGUGAAUCAACCCCAGCAAUGAAUCAGAUGCAAUUGGCCGCAGUCACUUUCCGCAUUCCGAAAAUACUUCUUCGCUUCAGGAUGCACAAGCAUUCGGAUGACAGAUUUUUUUCUGAUAAUUUGUUGCACAUCAACUAAGUAUAGUCAUAGCUGCAAUAGAUGAAAAAAAACUGCAACUGUAUCAUUGAUUUUUACAUCGUUCUUUUUUCUUUUGGUCUUGUAGUCACUAUAGAUGGUUCUUCAGUAGUUGAAAACUAAAACUUAUUUGAGAAUUUUUUUGCAUCCUCGCGAAGCUCGAUUGAGAAGUCAAAUUACAUACAUGCGAAAUGAAAUUAUGUUGCAGGUGAGAUAUUGCAUCAAAUAAUAACCUUUGAUUUUCACUUCAUCGCAAAAACGAAAUAGCAGCGCCCGCUUUGUACUAGCCGCCUCGCGUUUACUUAUGAUCCAUUCGCGUAAGACUAAGAAAAAAGAAACAUUCUUCUUGUGAGAUGAUAAUAUUAGUACCCCACCUGCCCCUAGGACAUACCCACACUCAAUUUUUCUGAGAUUGCGGAACAAUCGAAAACCUACGCCAGGAGAUGAGGGCAAAGGCAGGCAGCUUGUGGCACGCCUCACGCUCCGCACGGAGGCAAGAUGCAAAAAUCCGUAUUGCGUUUUGUUUUCGAGACAGGAGAUGAUGAACGAAGGCCGUUGUUUGCUCUAGAAGUGCACUCCGGCUUUCUUAACAUGUUAAUAUUUUCUUUUUUUUCAUUUCGAUUUCGAAACACAAGCACCCCGCCCGCAACAACAAAGACAAAUCCCUCCACUCUAACCUUCUCCUUCUGACACUCAGAUCCUGUUGUGUCGGCCUGGCUGAAAUUAUUGUAAAUGGCUACUGGUACAACGACCCCAUUCGCUGGACUUUAUAGAUAGCACACCGCCGCUCGUCCAUGAUCGAGUGGCCAGGGCAAAGGGCAGGCUUGCCUACUAAAAUCACAACGGGGCUGUAUUUUUACCGCACGAUUUGCAACUCUCGUCGAGCUGGCACCUCCACGUCCACAGGUUUUUCUAUUUCUUCAUGAAGAACAAAUCCUUCUACAACCACAUUGUCCCCUUUUUUCUAAAAAAAUGUAUCAUGAGGAGUUUUUUCUUCACAAUCGUUUUCGUUUCACCAUCAGCAGCUACAGCUAGUUCAAGAACUUCUUACCAGAAGCGAAAGGCUAAGCGAGCCUUUGACUUCACUCCCACUUAGUAGUACUAGUUGUAGUGUCGAGCAGUGUUUACUACUACAAAAUGAACUUAUUUUGACCACCAGAUCUUCUGCGCCGGCGGAGAUGGCACGCGUGACACCUCCGUUUGCGUGCGUGUAGUACUGCGGAUCAUGAAUGAUAUUCCAGCAAUAAUGUGAUAAAUACUUGCUAUCUGUACAACUUGCAAAGCAUAAGAAAUACAAAUGGUUCUUGAGGCGACGACAAUUUUGAUUUUUAUUAUGCCAUCAAACGGUGCGGAUGAAAGAAAAACCAGACGCGCCGAUAUGAAAAGUAAAUAUCAUGAAAGGAAGCUGCUGCGUCGGAAGAAUUAACGAACUGAAAUCUUCACUGCGGAUUCUGAUUCAAUAUUGACAUGAUUCGAAUGCGCAGCAGCAGGUGCUGAACUUUGCGAGGAAGAGGAACAAUAUGUACUUCUGCUGAUCCAUGAUUUUACUGGCCCACUUCCACGCCUACUCUGAAGACAGACUUAGACUUUGUUUCAUCGGCAUUAUAAUCACAGAAGCAAGAGGACUAUACCGAAUUUUUCUUUGUCCACUCGCUGAAUGUGAAUGAUAAAACAAGCAACAGACUCGUCCACUAU